AAAACAUUAAAUAUCUCGAUGGAAUCAUACUAAGCUGUAAAUUCUCCUGAUUUAUUUUUCUUACUAGAUUGACAUAAUUUCUUUUUUUAAUUUUGACAUUUUUUUUUUUUAUAUUUUUAAAUUUAGUCGGGUUCGUUCUUUCAUGUUACAUUUGCUUUGAUAGAAGAGCAAUCUUAGAACAGCCUUGGCUUCAGAACGAAAAUGAGUUCAGAUUUUGUUUCAUCGGGUGUUAGUGUUGCUGUAAUUACCCUCUUGCACCCUUUGGGAUAUUCAAAAGUGUUGAUACAGUUAGGACAUGAACCUCUGGCACCUUACUUAUCAAAGGAGCUAUUGUGGCGGAGGCCCCGACAUUACUACCCAACUGUCUUUUCAUACAUUCGUCACAUCAAAAGACAAGAUGGAUUUUUUGGUAUAUACAGAGGACUUGUACCAAGAAUUCUGGAAGGAAUUGUGGGAAGUUAUGUUACACAGAAUGUGACUGGGUAUCUGAAGAAAAAGUACCCAAUCAACAAAGACGAGCAAGGUCCAGAAGUUAUGAUAUUUUUCAAACAUUUUGGCAUGCAGGCUUCUCAAGAGAUAGCCGCUAAAUCUCUCGCUAUUGUUGUCAGCCAGCCACUACAAGUGAUAGCUCUGAGAAUGAUGGCACAGUUUGUUGGGCAGGAGACAUUGUACAGGAAUAUCUUUGCUUCUAUGAUGGAAAUCUAUGAGAAUGAGGGAAUAGCAGGUUUCUAUGCUGGCAUUGUACCGAGGCUGAUAGGAGAUGCCCUCGCCAUUAUCCUCAUCAACUUGGUAGCUGAUGUACUCAACAGAUACUUCAUCACAGAAAAGGAAUACAAAUCUUACACAUCCGCCAUUAGUAGUCUUUUUGUUACCCAAUUUACCUAUCCCUUUGAAGUUGUUUCUAGGAACAUGAGUGUGAAACCAGCAAGGUUACAGGCAGCAAAAGAUAUGCCAGAUUACUCAGGAUGGGUGGACUGUUGGAACACACUCAAACAGGCUGGCAAGCUGAAGAAUGGUUCGAAUUUGUUUAUACGGUUCGCAAGGAGGGAUCGCUAGUCUGAUAAACAAGGAGGGAUCACUAGUACACUGUAUGAUGAACAUUUGAGCGAGAGGAAUUAUCAACUUAUAUUAUUUCUAGGCAGAUGACAUGUUUAUGUUGUAAUUUUGAUGUGUAAAGAUUUCAUAUUAUAGUAAUGGGCAAUUAUACCAAUAAAUUUUUAACUUUAGCAUUUUCUUAUUUACAAAUAUCUUUAUAUUUGUAUGUAAUUGAACUGACCUAGGUCCAAAAUUUCUUCUUCUUUAUUCAACAUUUUCAUUAUAAAUGUAUAUAAGAGUAUAUUUUUAGAAUAAAUGUGUAUUAUUUCUAAUCACAAUAUUCUUCUAUUUGGCUUGGUUUUUUCCUCAUCAUUUUACUAAUAAAAGUAUAUUUCAUGACUAUGAUAUAAGUUCUGUAGUAUUGUUGUAGAGGAAUAAAGUUCGAAUUUCAACGCUCAGAAGUGGUACAUUUCAAUCUGACAGCCAUCAUAAAUUGCAUUGUUAAUUUGAAAUCUGAGCAUCUUGAAUACAAACUAACUAAUUUAUAAAACCAAUAUUGUGAAAUUAAAAUAAUCUGAUAACAAAACUUGUAUCUAAAUGCUGAAAUUUUUAAAGAAAUCUUCAAUACUUUCCUGUAGUUUGAACUAGAUUGUGAUGUGCAUUAGUCUUCCUGCUGUCUAUUGGUAAGGCGUUCAGACCCAGGAAACUUUACAAGACACUCUAUGUGAAUAAUUAUAAUGAGCACUAUUUUAAAGUCUGUCACCAAAAAUUGUCAAAUGUAUUUUCGGUGUAGACCUUUAUGUACAUUCUGAUUUUUUCACCAUAGCAACUUGGUGCUGGUGAUUGUUGUUGAGUUUUUUGAGUUUUUUUUAAUUGUGUGAUUACAGAUCUCUUGUGUUUUCUGUUAACACAAAAUUUGAUCAUCAACAAUUUUGAUUAAGGGAGGAUUCUUUUAAACUUACAUGAAAGUGAGGCUUGAUUCAGGGAAUUCAGAAAGUUUUCUCGCAAGGACUUUGUGUGCAUUUUAGUAAUUAAUAAACACAUUCACAAUA